AGCAUUUUGUCAUUGGUGAAGGACAAAGACAACACCAAUUGAUGGAGGCUGCUACUCCUGUUGCAGACCAUGGCCAUCAACCUCAACAUAGGUAUAUUUCGCCAACAAGGAAGGGAAAUGUGGGUCCUCAUCAUCAACCCCAUCCAAGGAACUUUUUCCAGCCACAAGUUCCUCUAGCCCAACCAGAACGGCGUGGUCUGCAGAAUCAACCAGCUCAAUUCUUCAAUAGAGACCAUGGGCCAACCUUGAGGCCAUUGGAAAAGAUUGAUAAAAACAUAUUGAGAUUUCCAGAUAAAGCGAAGGAAACUAUGGGAGUAGAUGUAGACCCUUUUCCAGCUAUGUCUGUCGGCGUGAAUGUUGCAGACCUCAGGAGUGUUGCCAGAAAUUGUAGUCUGCCUUAUGCUCAAAAGAACCUUGCUACCGAAGACUUGAGGUGGGUUCUUGAGGCACAGAGAUCUAGACGUAGCAAGAGCAUCAAGUCAAACCAGCAGAGGCUCGGGGGGCAAGGAAGGAUCAUUGUGACCAGGAGCUUCAGCCUAGAAAGUGCCAGACGUCACUCAAUUGGUACUAGGUCUCCAAGGAUGGUCAAACCGCCACUCAGACUGCAACGCAAAAGGGCUAAAGAGCGAAAAAGGCAACAAAAGCAGAUGGAGGCUAAGGGAAGUUCAUCUCGCAAACCACGCCAACCUACAAAAAGGAACAUGGUGUGGGUGAGAAAAAAGAAAAAGGAGGCUGCAACCCAGACUCUACUGAAGGGGGAUGGCCAAUCCCCAACCUCUCCAAAGGUGGCAUCUGUCAUUGAGGACAUGGCUGACAAAAUAGUGUUUGAAAAACCAGAAGAAAAGAUGGCCAGAUACAUUAGGCCACUUUAUAUCAAUGCUCACAUGGAUGGAACUCCAAUCAACCGUGUCUUGGUGGAUAAUGGAGUUGCAGUCAAUGUCCUUCCAACUUGCAUGCUUUACAACAUAGGCAAGUCUCUUGAUGAUUUAGUGCACAUUGAGGUUACAAUUAGUGAUUUUACAGGAGGGGUGAAUCGUUCAAGGGGUGUGCUGCCUGUUGAAUUAACAAUGGGAAAUAGGACACUAAUGUCUGCGUUUUUUGUGGUGGAUACUGUUGCUACUUAUAAUGCACUUUUGGGGCGUGACUGGAUUCAUUCAAGUUGGCUAGAUAUUAUGAAGAAGACAUUGGUACCAUUCGGUUUUUUUGGAAUGGAUAGACAUGGGAAGCUGAUUGGGAUAACAGCAUGCAGCAGACCGUUAUUGUCUAAGCGUGUUGUAGAGGAAGUCUGUGAUGAACUUCUUCGGCCAACAACAAUAAUUCCUUAUAGAAAAGAGAAAAAGGCCGUGUUGGAGAUAACAAAGAAAUUAGCGGCCUAUUUUGCUGAAAAAGCAAUUCAAGUAGACAAGUCUGAAAUUGUUCAUGAAGGAGAGGAGGCAGACCAGGGUGAUGAAAUAACUUUGAAGGAGCUGGAUCUGGCCCCAGCCAAGUUGGAUGAUUUAAAAGCUGAAGUUCAAGACCCACUUGAGGAGAUCAAUCUAGGGUCUGAAAGUGAACCAAAGGUAACAUUUAUCAACGACUCUCUUAAGCCACAGACACGAGAUCAAAUUGUCAGACUUUUGCAUGAAUUUAAAGACUAUUUUGCUUGGGAUUACUCAGAAAUGCCAGCUACACCAAAGGAUGAGUAUCCUAUGCCAAUUGUAGACUUGUUGGUUGAUGGAGUAGCCCGUGCUGUUGGAACUUUUGAAUGGGUUAUGAUGCCAUUUGGUCUGAAGAAUGCUGGAGCUACCUAUCAAAGAGCCAUGAAUGCAAUUUUUCAUGAUAUGAUUGGUAAGUUCAUGGAAAUUUAUAUUGAUGAUGUUGUGGUGAAGUCACAUGGGUAUGCAGACCACCUAGUCCAUUUGAGGAAAGCUUUUGAGUGGAUGAGGCAUCAUGGCUUGAAAAUGAACCCACUAAAGUGUGCCUUUGGAGUGUCUACUGGUAACUUUCUUGGGUACUUGGUGCACGAGUGUGGUCUAGAGGUUGAUAAGAACAAAGCCAAGGCUGUGAUUGAGGCAAAACCACUACAGAACAAGAAGGAGUUGCAAAGAUUUCUUGGCCAAAAGGCUAUUAAGGGAGAGGCACUGACAGACUUUCUUGCAGAUCAUCCAUGUCUGGAAGUGGAAGCAGACGAAGAAAAAUGGAUUAACUUGUUUUCAAUAAGUUUAGUUCCCUGGAAACUUAUUUUUGAUGGAUCUAGUAUAGAAACCAUGUCUGGAGCUGGAGUCGUGGUAAUCUCCCCGUCUGAGCUGAAAACACAGAUGUCUUUCCAGCUGGAUUUUGAUUGCACAAAUAAUCAAGCAAAAUAUGAAGUUUUGAUUAUUGGUCUUGAGAUGUUGGUGGAGCUUAAAGUAUCCAUGGUUGAGAGUUUGACGAUGUGUCCAUCAGACAUGUGCCUAGAGACCAGAAUUAUGAAGCUAAUGAAAUGGCCUAGAUUGCUUCAGUACCUUAAGGACCAAAACGCUAAGGUAUCUAGGAAAACCAAAAUGCAAGCUCUUAAUUAUGUCUUGAUUGAGGAUGUGCUUUAUAGGAGAGGCCAUGAUGAAUUACUGCUACGUUGUCUGGGUCCAGAUGAAAGUUUCCAGAUGCUGUCUGAUGUCCAUGAUGGAAUUUGUGACUGUAUUGCUUAUGCUAAGGGUUGCAAAUCUUGUCAGAUCCAUGGGCCACUUCAAAGAGUUCCAGCCUCUGAACUUAACUCUAUUGUGAAACCGUGGCCAUUUCGAGGCUGGGCUAUUGACUUGAUUGGUGAGGCUAAACCAAUGAAGAAGGUAGAUCAAUCUGACGUGAUCAAGUUCAUCAAAGAGGACAUUAUUCACAGAUUUGGUCUGCCAGAAACAAUUACCACAAACCAAGGCACAAUUUUUGUCAGCCAUCAAGUGGAGGCAUUUGCAAAGGAAAUGGGUUUCCGUUUGUUAAAUUCUACUCCUCAUUAUGCACAAGCUAAUGGGCAAGCGGAGGCUUCUAAUAAGGUGGUGAUUAAUUUGCUUGAAAAAAUGAUAGAUGACAACCCCAGACGAUGGCAUGAACUGUUGUCUGAAACACUGUGGGCUUAUAGAACUUCACAAAGGAGUUCAACCAAGAUGACACCUUUUGCCUUGACAUAUGGCCACGAUGCAAUCUUGCCAAUGGAGUUAACAGCCAGGUCUUUAAGAAUAGCAAUUCAACAUAAUCCCCAGUAUGGGGAAUAUGAUGAGGCGAUGAUACUUGAGCUUGAGGACCUUAAAGACACACGUUUGAUAGCUUUGGAUAGAUUGCAAGCUCAAAAGCUCAAACUUGCAAAGUCUUGCAACAAAAGGGUAAAAGGUAAAAAUCUAGCAGUUGGUGACUUGGUCUGGAAAGCAAUUUUACCUCUUGGCAAGAAAGAUUACAGAUUUGGGAAAUGGUCCCCAAAUUGGGAAGGACCAUUUCGAAUUCAUGAAGUGUUGAAAGGGGAUGCUUAUUGGUUGGAGUCACUUGAUGGAGAGCUUCAUCCCAGGAAAAUCAAUGGAAUUUAUCUCAAGCCUUAUUACCCUACAGUUGUCAUAACUCAAAUUUUCAUCCAAAAAAAAAGAGGAAAAAUCAAAAAUAUAAAAAUAUGAAUUUUUCCCUUUUAUUUAACUAAGCUAUCUAUAUUUUUAUUUUUGUUUCAGGGACUACAUGCAAAAGGAAAUUUAAGAAGAAAUUGGAAAAGAAACUCAAGAAAGAGGACUCAAUUGA